CUCCGAACAAACCCACGGCGCGCACACGCAACACAUUGGCAUCUACCAGGCAGGAUAGAGAUGUGCAAUCCGAUCGCCAUCAACACAUAAACCGCUUCUCAGCACUACUCACUCUACAGUGCCUAUUCACGCACCACAAUCCAUAACCCCAGGGCGCGGCCCCAUCCACCAAGCUGAGACUGCGAAAAUGGACAACUCCGCCCCCAGCGGCAACAACAAACACAUCAAGGAAUUUCCAGCCAUAGACAACAAACUCCACGCCCUAACCAAGAAAUCCCUCUUCGAAAAACAGCGCGCAGAGGCAGAGGCGAAGCGCGUAAGGGAGGAGGCAGAGACGAAGGCUGUGUAUGAGAGUUUUGUGAAGAGCUUUGAUGAUGAUGAGGGCGGUGGCAACCCGAAUGCUUACCCUGUAGAUGGCGGGGGGUAUGGAAGAGGCGGAGGAGGAGGAGGAGGAGGGUAUGGAAGGGGUGGAGGAGGAGGGGGGUAUACAAGAGGACAACAAAGCGGCGGUUACAAUGAUCGCGGUGGAAGGAGGUUCGGCGGACCACCACCGCCACCAAUGCGCGGCUCAAUGAGCGGCUCAAUGAGCCGGCCAGGGAGUCUAGGACCCAUCCCCGGACCGCCGCCGAGGAAGAGGGGUUUCGAGGCGUCUUUCAACACCAGCAGCAGUACCGGCUCUCGUCGCAGCGUCGGUGGCGAGAAGGGCGACAGGGGCGCCCUCCUAGGCUUCGACGACUCGCCUCCCCGCGCCACACCACGCGGUUUCGGUGCCUCGGAUGAUGAGGAGGAAGAUGAUACUGCGGCAGGGAGGACGGCUGGUGGGAGGGCAUCAGGCGGGAGAGCAGAGCCGGCGCUGGCGAAGCCGACGUUGAGACUUGCGCAGUUGCCGCCGGGGACGUCGACGGCAGCGAUUAAGGCGUUGAUUCCGGGGUUGACUGUUGAUGCUGUGAAAAUCCUGCCUCCGCCACCUGGAGGGGUAGCAGGAGGGGAAAGAAGGAGUAUGACGGCCAUUGUGACGCUAUCCCAGGAGACGGCGGCGAAUGAUAUUGAUGCCGCUGUGCAUGCAUUGCAGAAUAAGUAUUUGGGGUUUGGAUUCUGUCUCGAGCUGCAUCGACAUUUAUCGUCUGCCGCGCUGGAGUCAUCCACCGUCGGCGCCGGCAGCGGGCGCGGAGCUGGUUCCGCCGCAGGAGCAGCUGCGCAUCCAUUCGGCGCGAAACCAGUAGUCGUCGAAGGGGCCCCAAACACGCAACAAUUCGCACCGAACCAGUACCGCGGCAUCGCUCCCCCGACUUCCUACGCCUCCACCCCACGCGGGCCUUUAGGACCCAUCCUCCACGUCCCAGUGCGGCAACCAUCUGACAUCAAAGAGCUGCGCGUCAUCCACAAAACCAUCGAGUCGCUUCUCACGCACGGCCCGGCCUUCGAGGCGCUGCUGAUGAGCAGACCAGAAGUUCAGCGCGAACCCCGCUGGGCGUGGCUGUGGGACGCCAGGAGUGGGGGGGGUGUAUACUACCGCUACCGGCUGUGGGAGAUGAUGACAUCCUCCUCUCCCAGCUCUGGUCGCUACGUCCCCCUCUUCGAAGACAGCGCGGCGUGGAAGGCGCCUGAGUCCGGGCUACCCUUCGAGUUCGUCACGCGGCUCGAUGAGUUCGUCGAAGAUGCCGCUUAUAACUCUGACGACGACGAGGAAGAUUCCGGCGACGAAGCAGCAGCGGGGCGCGGGAAAGAAGACGAGGGUGGACCGGGUUACCUCAACCCCCUCGCCAGGGCAAAACUAACGCACCUCCUCGCCCGCCUCCCUACUACGACGGGGAAAUUGAGAAAGGGGGAUGUAGCACGCGUAACCGCCUUUGCCAUAACUCACGCCGGGCGUGGCGCUGACGAGGUGGUCGAAGCACUUGUGGCGAACGUCGCGCAUCCCUACUCUUUCACCUCCGCCAACCCCUCAUACCGGCCCCCUCCCCCAGCAAAUGGAGUAGAGGGGAAGGAAGCAGGGGAGAAAGAAGACACCACCCCUGCAACCCUCAACGCCCUCCACCUCAUCUCCUCUCUCCUCUCCUCCUGCUCCACAUCCCGCAUCCGCCACGCCUGGCGCUACCGCUCUCUAAUUGAAUCCGCGCUCCGUCGGUCAAAGACAUUCGAAUACCUCGCUAGUCUGGAGCGACGUAUGGGCUGGGGUCGCAUGCGCGGAGAAAAAUGGCGGAGGAGUGUGGGACAGGUACUUUCGCUGUGGGAGGGGUGGUGCGUGUUCCCUGCCAAGGCGCAAGAAGGGUUCGUAGAGGCUUUCAAGAUACCGGUGAGGGAGGAGAAGGAGGUUGAGGAGAAGAAGGGAGGGGGGAGGUGGAAAGCUGUUGAACGGGCUGUUGGUGCGGAUGCUAUUGCGGGUAGUGGUGGCGGGGAGGAGGAGGAUGUGGAUGGUGAGCCGAUGGUGGAGGAUGAAGAUGAGGAUUUAGAUGGUGUGCCUAUGGAGCCGUCUGACGAGGAGGAGGGUGACGUGGAUGGUGAGGCUAUGGUUGUUGAUGCGGAUGAGGAAACGUAUGAGCCUCCGCCUGCGGAACCGGUUGUUGUGGAGCAACCGCAGCAGCAGGAGAGUGAGGUUGAGAAGCCAGUUAGGAAAAGGCCGAAGGCGGAGGAUAUGUUUGCUGAUUCGGGGAGUGAGGGGGAGUAGAUAGGAUAGGGGUUCUUGGAUACGUGGGGGUGGUGGAUAUCAGACAUCCACGAUUGGUGUAUGUAGGAAAUAUGUAUACUAGAAGGAAUCAAGCCAUAUUGGCGCAAUAACCUACACGGGGAAGUUCCAGGCCCUUGUCCAAAGCUCAAAAGUACUACUAUAGACCAGUCCACCAAACGACAUUCCCAAGAAAUAUAUGUAUGUGAGGUCGCAUACUCAAAGAGGCCAGCAAAUAAAAAAAAAGAG